AUGGCUUCUCCUGUGCCGGAGGCCGCGGCCCCGGCUGUCGACCCAAAGCCUCUCGAGGGGACACCCUCAACGGACCUCAGGUCCCAGCUCAACGGCCAUACGCCUGAGCCUACGUCCGAAGCACCAAAGACGGGUGCUGUCAACGGAGCGGGCGAUAUGGAGGAGAGGAACACCCCUACCAAUGGCGUAGACAAGGAGUCUACGCCUGCGGUCGAUACCAAAAAGACCGAAUCGGCUGAGAAGCCCACCCCCAGCGCAUCCGAGAAGGAGAAGUCUGCCGAGGCGCAACCGCCUACGGAGACGUCCAAGACCGAGGAACCAAAGGAUGUCGAGAUGGGUGACACGGAUGCGAGCGAGAAGUUCAAGCCCGUUAAGACCGAGUCCGAGUCCGAGCCCGCGCCAUCUAAGCCUGACGAGUCGAAGCCCGACGACGCAGCCUCUGCUGCCCCGUCGGCAGCCGAUACAAAGGAGAUCACCAAGGAGGAAACCAAGGGAGAGGCCGAGGAAGACAGCGAGGAGACGUCUGCUGCGCCCGCCGAGAAGACGACCGAAACCCCGGCCAGAUCCGACGAGAAGCCUGUGACGGACGUCGAUGUCCAGCCAGCCAGCCUCUCCCAGCUCGCUAUAGAGUCGACAGAGAAGGGCUCUUCCCCCAUCGACGUGUCCAUGACGGACGCGCCCAGCUCCAAGCUGUCGCGCGAGAGGGAGGAAGACGCCACCGAGGAGCCUGCGUCGAAACGAGCGAGGACGGAGCCCAACGAGGACGAGCAGAUCGCAGACAGCAUCACCGCUGCCGUGCCAACUCCUCCUACCCCCCCGACUGCCUCGGACAAGCUCGUCUCGCCUGCCGACAUCAACUUCGACCACUUCCCCAAGUGGAACGACGCCACGUUCAAUGCCAAGGUCAUCCAGCCCUUUCAGCUGCGCGAUCUGCGCAAAUCCAUGGCUCGCGUCAAGAAGACCAAGAAUGGGUACCACUUCCGCGACUCAGUCCAGAAGCUCUGGCCCGCCUUGUGGGAUAAGUACUCAGCAAGCGUGGAGAAGCCGAUGGACCUGGGCGAAAUUGACCGGAACCUGCGCGACAAGAACUACCAGACCUUUGGCCACGUCAGGAGGGACCUGGUGCUCAUGGCUGAGAAUUCCAAGAGCUUCAACGGCGUCGAUCACCCCAUGACGCUGGCCGCCAAGGCCGCCAUCAAGUCUGUGUGGGACGACGUAAUGGGUAUCCCUGACGAAGAGCCCGUCAAGGCGAAGCCCCCUCCCAAGCAGAACCGCGUGCGCGAGCCCAGGGCCGCCCCCGCGAAGCCCGAGAUCACUGGUCGGGCGGAGGUAGCCCCCGGCGGCACCGACGGACCUGCGGCGCCCAAGCCUGCCUCGUCCGCACCUCGCAAGUCGUCCGUGGCCGACGCAGACCGGCCUAAGCGCACCGUUCGCGCCCCCAAGCCCAAGGACAUCGACUACUCGAAGCCGUCGCGUAAGAAGCUCAAGCCCGAACUACAAUUCUGCGACGAGGUGCUGUCGGAACUCAUGAGGGACAAGUACAACCACCUCAACAAGUGGUUCAACGACCCUGUGGACGCCGAAGGCCUGGGCAUCCCGCACUACUACUCCAUCAUCACACACCCCAUGGACUUCGGCAAGGUGCACAAGAUGCUGCACAGCGGGGAUAUCGGCAGCCUCAAGGAGUUUGACAAGAACAUCCAGCUCGUCUUCUCCAACUGUUACAAGUUCAACGGCCCUCCGGACCCGGCGACGGUGUCCGGGCUGGCCAAGCAGCUCGAGGACAUCUACAACGCACAGAUGAAGAACAAGGAAUCCUGGCUCUCCAAGCACGCCAAGGCCAACCCUCCCCCUUCGACGUCGGUCGGUAGCGACGAUGACGACGAUCAAGACGAGGACGAGGACGAGGAUGCUGGCAGCGCCACAGUGGGGCCCGACCCGUCGCGCGAGGUCAAGGACCUGGAGGCCAGGCUGCGCGAAGAGAUGGACAAGCAGGCCAACCUCUUUGCGGCAGAGGAGCCCAACCAGAGCAUGAUCCAGAUCCAGCAGGGAAUCGUCAACAUGGUGCAGCAGGCGCUCCUGCAGGCCAAGCAGAAGCUCAACGAGUACAAGCAGAAGAACGGUGGCCUCGUCGGCGCCGGCAACAAGUCGAAGAAGUCUAAGUCUGGCAACUCUGGCGGCAGCAAAUCCAAGUCUUCUGGUGGCGGGGGUGGCUCGGGAGCCUCACGCAAACCAGGAGGAGCAGCUGCUGGAUCAUCGACCAAGAAGGCCACCGGCGGCGGCGGCCAGAAGAAGAAGAAGAACCUGUCUGCCACAGACAAGGAUAACAUCGCCAACGCCAUCAAUGAUCUGGAGUACCCUCAUCUGGACAAGGCGAUCGACAUCAUCAAGCGUGAUACUGGACAGAUGGAGAGCGAGGAUGGAGAGCUUGAGCUCGAUAUCGACCAGCUGAGCCACGAGGCCCUUCUUAAGCUGUGGGACCUGUGCAAAAAGGUCCUCCCCGGCUUCGGCAAGGACCCGGCAGCAGCGGCGGCGGCGGCGAACUCACCCGAGGCGACGCGGGGAGGUGGGCCCUCAUCGAAGCAGCCCAAGACGGCGGCCAGGCCUAAGAAGAACAAGCCCAUGAGCGCGCAGGAGCAAGAGGCGAGGAUUGCACAGCUACGUGAGAUUCGCGAGCUGUACAAGCCUGGUCAGGAGCCUACGGACGAAGGACAUCACAGUCACGGUCGCCACGCACCGCAGGAGACGUCUGCCGCCAUGGAUGAUUCAAGCGAUGAUUCAUCAGAGGAGGAGUGA